AUGAAGGGCGAGAUUCUUCACCUUCAUCUCGGUCAGGCCGGUACCCAGCUGGGUAACUCUGCUUGGGAGCUCUACCUCCUCGAGCACGGCCUCGGCUCCGAUGGUCGUCCUGACCCCAGCGCCAAGGAUGUCGUUGACGGCGGUUCCUACGAGACCUUCUUCACCGAGACGAGCGGAGGCAAAUACGUUCCUCGCUCCCUCUUCGUCGACCUCGACCCCUCCCCCAUUGACGAGAUCCGAACCGGCGGCUAUCGUCAGCUCUUUCACCCUGAGCUGUUGAUCAGCGGCAAGGAGGAUGCUGCCAACAACUAUGCUCGUGGUCACUACACCAUCGGCAAGGAGAUGGUCGACAAUGUCAUUGAUCGCGUUCGCCGCGUUGCUGACAACUGCCACUCCCUCCAGGGCUUCCUGAUCUUCCACUCCUUCGGCGGUGGUACUGGCUCUGGUUUCGGUGCCCUCCUCCUUGAGCGCCUCUCCACCGAGUACGGCAAGAAGUCGAAGCUUGAGUUCGCCGUCUACCCCGCCCCCCGUGUCUCGACUGCCGUCGUUGAGCCCUACAACGCCGUUCUGUCUACCCACAGCACCAUUGAGAACUCGGACUGCACCUUCCUCGUCGAUAACGAGGCUGUCUAUGACAUCUGCCGCCGCAACCUCGACAUUCCCCGUCCCGGUUACGAGCAUCUCAACCGCCUGAUCGCCCAGGUUGUCAGCUCCAUCACCUCGUCCCUCCGUUUCGAUGGUGCCCUCAACGUCGAUCUCAACGAGUUCCAGACUAACUUGGUCCCCUACCCCCGUAUCCACUACCCCUUGAUCAGCUACGCUCCUGUCAUUUCGGCCAAUAAGAGCUCACACGAGAGCUUCAAGGUUCAGGAGCUCACCUUCCAGUGCUUCGAGCCCAACAACCAGAUGGUCGUCUGCGAUCCCCGCAACGGCAAGUACAUGGCUGUCGCCCUCCUCUAUCGUGGUGACGUCGUUCCCCGCGACUGCAACGCCGCCAUCGCUGCCCUCAAGGCCAAGUCCUCCUUCAACCUGGUCGAGUGGUGCCCCACUGGUUUCAAGCUCGGAAUCAACUACCAAAAGCCCAUGGCUGUUCCCGCCGCCGCCGGCGAUGGUGGUCUCGCCUCCGUCGACCGCUCCGUCUCUAUGCUGUCCAACACCACUGCCAUCGCCGAGGCCUGGUCGAGACUCGACCACAAGUUCGACCUCAUGUACAGCAAGCGCGCCUUCGUCCACUGGUACGUCGGUGAGGGUAUGGAGGAGGGUGAGUUCAGUGAGGCCCGUGAGGAUCUUGCUGCGCUUGAGAAGGAUUACGAGGAGGUUGCUGCCGACUCGUACGAGGCUGAUGAGGACGAUGCCGAGUACUAA